GUUUUUAAAUUGAAGCGUCAUUGACCGCGCUGAGCGUUACAUAACAAGCGUCGGUUGUUAAUAUGUUGCCAUGUUUACUUUAACGAGUCUCGACUUGCUCGCGUCGAUCGGGUCGAAUAAAAUAUUACAAUAAAAUACUGGCAAUUCAAUUUUGUCAGUAUUUUGCAACUUAUUUCAAUAUUUUAAAUUAUUUUCCUAUGGACCAAAAUUUGUAGGUACAUAUUCCUAAAACAGCAAUUCAGUUAUUAAAGUCACAUGAGUGAAACACCAUACUCCGGUGAAAUAUGCAGGUUUGACAAGCUCGCAUAAAGUAUGUUCCUUGUAAUCAAUCUGCGAUUCAAAUAGAAAUGAAAAUCUAAUGUCAAUAUAUAUUAUGUAUUAUGUAAAUAAAUUAAGGUGUCAGCGCAAAGUUAUGCAAAUAUUUGGUUCAACAACGACUUUUGGCAAAAUCAAUUUUAUUUCUUGGUCAACUUAUAUGUAUCACGAAAUACAGCUUCUAGUAGUUCUAGUAAUAUUUUCUAAUGUAAAUGCUACUUACUAACAAGAUCCUGCACUGAAUUAAUUAACAAGAAGACCCAUUGAUCGUGAUUUCAAUUUUCAUUUUAUUCCUCUGAAGAAUCAUAUAAUGCAAUCUAUGAUUCGUUAUUACGCUAUGUACCUAGCGUAUACUACACAGUAGCCAGAUUUUUACCCAUUUAACAUUCUUAAAAUAAAUACCUACAACAUACACAUUUAAGUUCGCUUAAAAUUUAAAUUACAUUCUGAAUCACUCAAUUAAUGUCUCUUAAAGUUUUAUAAAGACUCACUGUUGGUUAACCAAUCAGCUGGCUACCUUUUAACAAUAGUUUUGUUAGGAUUCUAGCAGCGUCUAGUGAUUGGUUUACCAUUCCAUUAGUGAUUAGUCCAUUACGCAGGAUGUUCAUUGUUCAAGCUUAAAAAGUCCAUAAAAAUCCAACAGGGUUCAUUAACACAUGGUUUACGAUCACAUUUUGAGCGAAACACGUAUUAGCACUUUCACAUAAAAUUAAACUUAUAUUAACACCAUUUUACGAAAGAAUUAGUCGAAAUUUGAGCGUGAAUCGAACGUAUACCGACUGGCGUACGUCCGCUCUGUUACCCGUCGGUAGCGGACUGGCGGGGCGGGCAGAGGGGGGAGUCGCACUUUUGGCGCCCUCUCUUUGAAACUCCAUUCGACAAGUCUCCGGCAAGUUCAUAUAAAGCACCUGUCCCUCCAAGUCUCGUAUUAUUCUCAAGCGAGACUCCGCUCCGCCUGUAACGGCAGCUAUCCUAAGCUAACUCAUAUCGUACUUAAGUAUACUCAAUAUGUCUAGUGAAAAAUACUUUUUUAUUGCGUCGGUGUGCGUGGUGGCGAUAUUCGUCAGCAGAUCAACGGCAGGACCGGCGCCAAAGGUUGUCAACAUUGAGGACGUCCUAAACCGGACUGUCUGUCCCUUCAAAGUGGACAUCGACAUAAACGAGGAUCGAGUGCCGCGGCGGAUAAAAAUGAUCCGCUGCGCCGAACAACCCAACCACUGGUGCAGGGCGAACGCGAUCCCCGACCACGAGUGCUGCCAUCACAAGCACUCCAACCACGAGAUGGAAUGUGUGGAGGUGCGGGACAAGGCGCUAGUGUACUACAAGAGCUCGGAUCGGACGGACUACAUGGACGUGACAGUGGGCUGCACCUGUAUGAUAGGGACGGUGAACACAGUGCACGCGGGGUCAUAGGGCCACCGCCGCGGCCGGCGCCGACACCGCCGCUGCCGCGCUCGGCACAUGGUACAAAGUUCCUAUUCGCACCCUCGCAAAUGCAGUCGGCGACAUAAGACUAAAAAAUUCGUGACAUAAUCAUGAAAAAAGUGCCAGUGAAUGAUAAAUAGGGUUGUGGACCAGUCAAAUCUUCAGCUAUGAAGAAUCAGGUACUAUGAAGUUAGAAGAACGCAUUCUGCGAAAUGACAAUAAUCCACCUUCUUUAAAUUAGUUUUUAUUGAUUUUAAAAUGUGAUUGAAAGCGCAAAACAUUUUUUUUUCUUAUUUUUUCAGUGUGUGUCCGGAUGUUUAAUUUAAUGAUCGCUGUGAAACGAUUUAAUUUAUUUGAAUAUUGGAAUUGUAUAUAGGCUGAGAAUGAAGUGAACGCUUGUUUGUCAGAAUGUGUCUCUAAUUUAUUUAUUUAUUAACUAGGACAAUUUUAUGGUUGUGAUUUAAAUGGACUUUGCCGCGGACUAGCGGAGUAUACAUAGGUAUUAUUCAUUUAAGGUUGCUUAAAUUGUUAAAAGUAUUAUGUUAGAGUAUUAAAUUAUUGUUAUGUUUGUAAGUUAGGUAAAUGUUAAGUGUGUUGUUAGUCAGCUAGUGAGAAAUUGUAAUUGUGACCAGUGAACUCGCAGGCCGAGCGAAAGUCCAUAAUGCCCUCUUUAUAAGAUUAUUGUAAUAGGAAGAAUAAAUUGUUUU